AUGGAAAUUGUUUGGGAGGUGCUUUUUCUUCUGCAAGCCAAUUUCAUUGUCUGCAUUUCAGCUCAGCAGAAUUCACCAAAAAUCCAUGAAGGCUGGUGGGCUUAUAAGGAGGUGGUCCAGGGAAGCUUUGUUCCAGUUCCUUCCUUUUGGGGUUUGGUGAAUUCAGCCUGGAACCUUUGCUCCGUUGGAAAACGGCAAUCGCCAGUCAAUAUAGAAACCAGCCAUAUGAUCUUCGACCCCUUCCUUACACCUCUUCGCAUAAACACAGGGGGGAGAAAGGUUAGUGGGACCAUGUAUAAUACAGGAAGGCAUGUUUCUCUACGACUGGACAAAGAACAUUUGGUCAACAUCUCGGGAGGGCCCAUGACAUACAGUCAUCGCUUGGAAGAAAUCCGGUUACACUUUGGCAGCGAAGACAGCCAGGGGUCAGAACACCUACUGAACGGACAAGCUUUCUCUGGGGAGGUUCAACUAAUCCACUAUAACCAUGAGUUAUAUACAAAUGUUACAGAAGCCGCAAAAAGUCCCAAUGGCUUGGUGGUAGUUUCUAUAUUUAUGAAAGUAUCUGAAUCAUCAAAUCCAUUUCUAAAUCGUAUGCUCAACAGAGACACCAUAACAAGAAUAACAUAUAAAAAUGAUGCAUAUUUACUGCAGGGACUUAAUAUUGAGGAACUUUACCCUGAAACCUCUAGUUUCAUUACAUAUGAUGGGUCAAUGACAAUUCCACCCUGUUAUGAAACAGCAAGUUGGAUACUAAUGAACAAACCUGUCUACAUAACAAGGAUGCAGAUGCAUUCGUUACGAUUGCUAAGCCAGAAUCAGCCUUCACAGAUUUUUCUGAGUAUGAGCGACAACUUCAGACCAGUCCAGCCUCUCAACAAUCGGUGUAUCCGAACAAACAUCAACUUUAGUUUACAGGGGAAAGAUUGCCCAAACAAUAGAGCACAGAAACUACAGUAUAGAGUAAAUGAAUGGCUGCUCAAGUAA